AUGGCCGAUACAGAAACACACGCCCUCAACGAUGCGCAGGAGCCACUCAAGACGCUCCAGCUCUAUCGCAGAGCUGCACUCGGCAAGAAACAUCUCUUUGCAACCUCAACCGCCGACGCAGCAGAAUACUUCAUCGUCAACCCCGUCCCGCAAAAGCACCACGACGCAUGGCGCCCCAUCUUGUACAAAGGCGACAACCCAAAGUACACAUCUAGCAAAGCCAUAGCCCGCGCACGUCGUACAAGCAUGUGGAAUUCAUUCCGUCUGCAGGUCGGCGACGGCGUGCACGAGAUCAUGGAGAAUAAGAGGAGGAAAAAAGAAAAGAGGGAGUAUAGGAUCGGGCAAAAGUUUAGAAAGUGGUUCUGCUUGGGGCCUACGCCGCCGAAGAAGGAACUUGAGGAGGAGCAGGAGGUUGAGGGUCUUGUUUUUCCUUUUGAGAUGAAGAGGAGUGGGUUCCUAAGUAGGACUCUCAAGUGGGAGUUGGGUGGGCAGGAGUAUAGAUGGACUGGAACGAGGAGGUUUAGAAAUGGGAGGACCAAGAACUGGAAGGGCAUAAGCCAUGACUUCAAGCUUGUCAGUUCUGACGGAACCGUCAUUGCCACACUUGAAAAGGACCGCUGGGCCACAUUCAGACGCUCAGAAAGGACGGGACAACCACCAAACAAGAAGAAGGCAUUGCUCGGGGCGCUCCGAAUCUACUCAUUACCAGAGUGCAACACUGAAGAUCUCCAACUCCCAGCCGAAUACGAAGCUGCAAUGAACGGCGAGGCAUCGAAAAAGAAGAAGAAAGAAACCGCCAAGUUGAACCCAAAGGGCCCUCACUCUGGCAACCUCACAGAAGAGAUGAUUGUGUUUACUUGCUGGAUCGCGGUAGAGGGAGAGCAUCGGCUUCGAUACAAGAUUUUGGACUUGCUCGAGGAGAUUGCCGAGUAUUUCAAGGAAUGA